AUGGGGAGCAGUUCUUUUGGCCAAAACAAGCUACAGUAUUUGCCUGAUCAAUUCUUUGAAGACAACAUAAAUAUUGAAUUAUUGAGCUUAGGGAUGAAUAAUGUGUCUGCAAUUGACCUCAAAGGAAUGAAAAAAAUAUCAAUUCUGAUCGUUCACCAAAAUGGCAUAACAUCAAAAUCACUUACUCGCGCAGUCUUGAAUAAGUUGACGCAGAUAAACUCUCUUUUUGCAUCGUACAACAAACUUGAAGACAUCUCAGACUAUUCGUUUCUGAGAAGUUCUCAUUUACUCUACCUAUUUCUUUCAGAUAAUCCAAUAGAAUACAUUGCCAAAAGAGCUUUCUUCACUAAUUCAAACUUGAAAAACUUGCACCUAGUGCAAACCAAGAUCAAGAGCGUCAACAUGGAGUGGUACCAUUCAUCUAUCUACAGUAUUGGAGCAGCUGUACAUAUAUAUUCAACCGAGGAACCACAAGAGUUCGAAAUUCCCUCAUCAGUCGAAAAUAUUUUCAGCACUACGGGAUUCAGAUGCAGAGAAAAUAAUGCAUUUUCAUACUGUGCACCGUGUUUGUUUGGUAGCUAUAUUUUCUUCGAUGUUUCCAUCAAUAAAUUCGGUUGCGUUGGUUGCCCUGCAGGUGGCUUCUAUGAGGAUUCACUUGCGUACUACGGUGAAAGAGCGCACGGUAAUGGAUGUAAGAUGUGUGACAACGGUACGUUUGUGCACAUAAAAACUGCACCAGGGAAACGAAAGGACGACUGCAGACCAUGUCCCGAAGGUACGCAAAAUAAAUACUUUGCAGGUUUUAGAGCUUGCCAAUGUCAAAACGGGUUUUAUCGGCUCGAUCGCUUCGAAAAGUGCUACUCUUGUCCUGACUCUGGUGUCAUGUGUUUCAACGAAUCAAUGACUCUGAAUCCUGGGUACUACUGGCAGUGGAUUUCCCAGUCAGAGAAAGAGAACUAUAUCAACUUUACCAACAACCUGCAAAUAUUUGAUGACAGUUAUAACAGGGACCUUGUUACGUUUCGUGGAUCUUUCCCAAAACAUUACCAGUGUCCGAGGUUAGAGUCAUGUCUGGGCGGCCUGGAUGCUAGAUGUGCCGAGGGUUACACGGGACCUCUGUGUGCAGUAUGUGAUAAAGGACACUACAACCUCGUGUCAACUUGUUUCAAAUGUCCAAAACUUGGCUGGCUUAUCUUCCAGAUCAGUGUCAUCUCUUUGGUUGUCGUAGCUGUAUUGUACGUGGUCAUCAAAGUAAAGCGACAACAGAUCCAGAGCAAGCGAUCACUUGCCGAUAUCAUUCUUGCUCGUCUCAAGAUCAUUAUCUCAUUCUAUCAAAUAUUCUCUAGUACACUGGAUGGAUUUUCAUAUGUCCAGUGGCCAAGUGCCUUGACUAAGAUAAGUGAAUACGCCAAGUUUGUUCAGCUGAAUGUUCUCCAAAUUGCACCUCUACAUUGUUUUAGCUCUCGCUUCAAGAUGAAUGCUUACGAUCAUCUUGUUACUGCAUGCUCAACGACUGCAAUGGUCAUCCUGAUAACUUUGGUCUACUAUAACUUAAAGCAUCUCUAUAUUCUUAAAACUACCAAGCGUUCAGGAAAAUCUGCCAUUUCCGCAGACCUUGAAGCCAGAAAAGAGGUCUGCUACCGGAAUGUAUUCCUGUUCAUUUUUGUAACUUAUCCACAGACCUGCUCAACGAUCUUCUCAAUGUUACCAGCAGCCUGCCACAAAAUCUGCCAAGACAGCAGCCAGACGCAAUGUACCUUCUACUUGAAGGCUGACUACUCCAUUACUUGCUUUACCGAUAAGUACAAUCGGUACGUAAUAUUGACUUAUGCUGCUCUAAUCUACCCUUUUGCUGUUCCAAUUCUGACAGUCGUUAUUCUAUGGAAAUAUUACUUUAAAAACGUACACAAGAAACUGGCUAACAAGCUUAAUGGAGAAGAGAUGGGCCAAAACAAGAACGAUGUGCCAUGCCGUAAACAGACCAGUCAACAAACAAACAUCAGCCAGUGUACCAGCAACACAGCUCCAGAUGUCUACAGUAUUGAAAGGGAAACCGUUAGACAAAUCGAUGGCCUUCCAGAACAGCAAGAGUCCAACACAGACGAGAUAAAGGAAUCUGCUACACACGCAGAUUCAGGACUUGAUAGCAAUUUAGGGAUGGAAAGAACAAUGGUGAAGAACAAACUUGGAGAAAUAGACGGAAAAGGUUCGGACAGUACCAUGAUCACUAUCCAACCAAUCAUAGCAGGAAUGAGCUUCAUAUUCGAAAACUAUGCUGAGAAUUGCUGGUUCUGGGAAACCAUUGAAAUGAUGAGGAAGCUGUUGCUGACUUCUUCUUUGGCACUGAUUGGUGCUGAAGGAAGGAUGUCUCUUGGAGUUGCUUCCAUUCUGUCUGGUUGUUAUGCUAUACUCCAUGCUCACUUUAAACCAAUUCCUGAUAAGUUCGAGCAUGUUCUUCAGCUGACGGCACUUCUCGUUACCUUUGCCAACACGUGUAUUGGAAUGAUGCUCAAGAUAGACCAGGGUGCUUUGCUGGAUGCUGAUGCUAAGAUCAUGGAUUCGUGGAUUAUGACGGUUCUGCUAGUGAUGGCUAAUGUCAUGGUUACGGCCCUUGUUGUUGUAAAAUAUGUGAUGGUAGUUGGUAAGACUAUCUAUUCCGUUAUCAAAAACCCUCGCUGCUCUCUCGCUUGCUGUCUGUCAGUUAUUCUAACACUUGAUGAAGUACAAAGUGAAGCAAGGAGUAUGGAAAGUAACAUUGGAUUGGAGAUGAAAACACAGCUUCAAACUGGCAAUGAAUUCCAAGGACUGUCCUUGGAAGAUGCUGCUGGUGAUUAUGGUUUGACUGGGAUUGAUAUGGACCAUGAUAAAGAUGAGGAUGAUAAACUUUACGAUAGUGAAGAUGUUGAUUAUGGUGGCGGUGAAGGAAAUCUCAAAGAUGCCUACGUUGGUAUAAAAAAGAAGGACUGAGCAACGGUAAAAAAGAUAUCUAUAUUAAAAAAUACAAUGAGUUCCACCUGAAAUAUUUGGCUAAACAUAUGCUAUAUUGUAGAGUAAUAGUUCGCGCUUAUAAUUUGAUAUGUUUGGAAUUAAAAAUAAUGCAAGUAAUAAAGUAAUAAAUAGCAAAUUAAGACAAAAAGACGCUUUAACCGGCUAACAUAAUCCACGCAUGAUUAUUUUGUUGUAGUAUAAUGGCAGUAACCUUAUAAAGCUUAUGUAAUCACCUUGACAUAAAGGAAUGGUUGAAGUAAUCUUUCGAUCAGUAGCAACAAGUAAUUAAAGCGAAAAGAACGUUGGUGUAUGUAAUCCACACAAUAGAGUGUCUAUCGUUAAUGAGUGGGAAACAUACGGUACUGAUAAUGACUUACGGCACGUACUAAGUCGUAGUGCAUGCUGUAACAUUGAAAUGGCUUCCCAUAAGAAUGUUUAUCGUAUGAGUGGGAGACAUACAGUACUGACUUAUAGCACGUACACGGUACGACAUGCUGUACCACUAUUCUAUUUAAGACAUUAAAUAUAACUUUAAAAUUCAAAGUUUCAAAACAGAACGUUUUCAAGAACUCUUUUAUAAUCCAUUACGUCCAUAGAUUCAAUAUGUAAGU